GGUCCACUGAUGACCCAGUUCGAGGGCUACUGGGUGCGCCGGCGUGCCGUGCCGCGUCUGGAGCGGAUACGCGCCGAGCUGGCAGCCUCCAUCUCCGACCCGCAGACGCUCAAACGCGAGAUGAAGAAACGCAAACGUGCCGAGCACCGACUGCUGCUCUCGCAGCUGGCGGCCCGUGGUGCCCGAAAGCCCACCUCCGCCGCCGCUCGGCUCCAAGACGACGCGGCCGAAAACGACGACGAGGAUGGCGGAGACCAUGCUGAUGUUGCCCAGGGGUCUGACGCUGAGGAAGACAAGGACGACGCGAGUGACGGCGAGGCGGACACGCCUGGUGAGGAGCGCUCUCCGCCGGCGAAGCGCCGAACAGUGGCGGACGUGCGAAACCCCGGCGGCGGCGCACCGCGGGAGGAGCGGAUGGUGAAGUUUGACGGCGUCUGGAUGACGGCGGACGCCGUGGGCCGGCUCAAGGAGCUGCGCCGCCAGCUGAAGCUGCAGCGCGUCUCCGAGAUGGUCCUCAAGCAGACGAUGAAGACGGCCCGCCGACGCGAGGAGAUGAAACGCAAACGAGACGCUAAGCGGGUGUGUCUGGGCUGCCGUCAGCCGGGCCACCUCAUCGGCGACUGUCCGAACCGCGCUCCGGGCCUGAAGGCUCCGGUGACGGGCCUCUGUUUCCGCUGUGGCUCUACCGAGCACCGUCUGUCAGAGUGUCGGCGGCCUUCCGACGGCGGCAAACUGCCCUACGCCGUCUGCUUCGUCUGCGGCCAGACUGGCCACCUGUCGCGCGACUGCGCACUCAACCCCAACGGCGUCUACCCGAAGGGCGGCUCGUGCAAGGUGUGCCAGCGCCGCGACCACCUGGCCGAUGACUGCCCGGAGCGCCGAGAGGAGGAGGCGGCGGCCACCGCGCCGCGACUGGCGACCAUCGGCGACGGGCCACUGGAGGAAGACUACAAGCACGACUUUAGGGAGACGCAGACGAUGGCUGUCUCCGCCGCGCCCGCCACCAGAACGCCCAGGAAGGUGAAGUUCUAAGGAGGAGAGUGAAUUCGGGAAGGUGUGCUGAAGAUGAGGAGGGAGAGAGGGAGGGCCUGCGGGAUUGUUAGAAAGAUGGCGCCACGGUUAUGAGUUGUGGGAGGUCGGCGUGACAUAAGAUGAGUUGUUUGAGAGUGGCGUAUUAUUGUUUUGAUAUGCGGACACGUCUCGGAGAGAGAAACUGUUAGCCGUGCUCGCCAAAUUUGGAAUUAUUUGUUUGAAUGGGCUUUGAAGGGGUUAUUCGAUAGGUAUCUUGGUAUCCCACACCAAUGUGUCUCGGACACUGCUGACGGUUUUUCAGUAAUUUCUCGGUUGGGGAGGGUCGUGAACUUGAAUAACGUUCAGCUUGUGCUUUCGACGCUCAUUUUCAAUACAAUGGAACUUAAGCUUCG